AACGGGAGACAGUCUCCUAAAGGAGGAACAAGAAGAACAAGAAGAAGAAGGAAGAACUAGACUCGAGACCAGACGAGUCAAUAAAUAAACGAAGACCUAACCUCGCUUCAAAUGUUUCACAUUGAGCAUUUGUAUUCCUCAGUAGCACCAUUCGGCCUGAGUGUUCAUUGCUGAAAAACUGUCGAAGGACUGAGUAAUCGAGUGACUAAAAAUUAGUAACCAAUGGAGUACAUCCAAGAGUGUAAAUCAUUUAUUUCCGGGCGAUCGUGUUCAAGAGAUAGAAAUAAUCGAAUGAACUAAUCACAAUGGUUUAAAGUUCAAGUUCGUCAUGAAACAAUGAAUUUCUUGGGCAAAAUGUGACGAUUACGGUAUAGCAAGUGCUUCGUAUUCGAAAUUUAUUCCCAUAAUUUUUGUACUCGCUUAAGUUACACAUAAGUCAUUAUUUUACUAUUAUUAUUAUGUUUUUAUGAACAAUUUCACCUCUCAUGACUAUUAAUUUAAAUACGUAACAAACAUUCCUAGGAUUUUAGAAUAUUUUCAGUACAUUUACUUUCACAAAGAUUUGUUACCAUCUACAAUGAGUAUUCCGACAAGAAUUGCUCAAAAGCCGAAACGCGCUUUACAUCGAUAUAAGAACUUUUUUCUAACAUUUUUCAUACUUCUAUCACUGUCUGUUACUAUUAUUUUAACCUCGUACUUAUCGAGCUUAGGAAAAACAGUCAAACGGUCAAAGUACACUGCGCUGACAUUGGAUAACGUCAAUUCACUAGCUGUAAAGCAAAUCGCCAUAAAUAGUCCAUUAGCAAGUCCGACAAAUGCUUCAUGCAAUUACUUUAACUGCUUCAAUAUAUAUCGAUGUGGGAAUCAAGGAAACAAAUUACUUGUUUACGUGUACCCACUAAAAAAUUACGUCGAUCCUGCCAGUAUACCCGUUACUAAUCAAAUAUCAAAAGAGUUCUAUCUUAUCUUGCAAGCCAUUGCAGGCAGCAAUUUUUAUACUUCAGAUCCAUUUGAAGCAUGCUUAUUCAUCCCAUCAAUAGAUACCUUAAACCAAAAUAGGCUAAGAGUUAAAGAAGUAUCUCAAGCUUUGAAAUCACUUGAGUUCUGGAACGAUGGAGAAAACCACUUAAUUUUCAACAUGAUACCUGGAAGUGUCCCGGACUACAAUACUAUUAUCGAUGUGCCUGUUAGCAAGGCAAUGAUCGCCGGUGCUGGAUUUUCAUCAUUGACAUACCGUGCUGGUUUUGACGUCAGUUUACCGGUUUACAGCCCCCAUCUGGAAAACUAUAAGCGACAAGCUCAAAACGAAAGAAAGUGGCUAAUAAUUUCAUCCCAGAUUAAUAUAAACUCUGCAUUCCAGCAAGAUUUGAUUGAAGUGAAGAUUACAUUUCCAAACGAUCUGAUGAUCUUGGGCCCGUGCUACCAUCACAAUCCUAUGAAUAGCUCUAUUCGUUGCACGGGUGAAGAUGUGUACAAUUAUCCAGAAGUUCUGGAAACUGGGACGUUCUGCCUUGUUAUUCGAGGAGCCCGACUCGGCCAAUCAUCUCUUCUGGAAGCGAUGGCUGCAGGUUGUAUUCCUGUGAUAAUCGCUGACUCUCUGACCAUGCCAUUCCAUGGAGUAAUAGAUUGGAUAAGAGCAGCGGUAUUUGUUCGCGAGGUGGACGUUUUGAAGGCACCUGAGAUUCUAAAAAAUGUAUCUCGCAAAAGAGUAGUCGAACUAAGGCAGCACGGAACUUGGCUAUACGAACGUUACUUCAAGUCUAUACAAGCCAUCACUGAAACUACCCUUGAAAUAAUGAGCGAUCGUGUUUACCCACAUCUUGCUAGAGACUAUAAUUACUGGAAUGUGCCUCAGUAUCCAGGAAAUGUGCCAUCACUUUUUCUGCCUGUUACAGCACCCAAGACUCGGGGUUUUACAGCUGUGAUAUUAACAUACGAUAGAUUGGAAAGCCUGUUCAUUUUAAUCACUAAACUUGUCAAGGCUCCUAGUCUUUCUAAGGUUUUAGUUAUUUGGAACAACCAACACAAAGAUCCACCGGAACCAUCUAAAUGGCCAAAGAUAAACAGACCUUUGAAAGUGAUUCAGACUAAGGCGAAUAAGCUUUCAAACAGAUUUUACCCGUACGAUGAGAUAGAAACUGAAGCUAUGCUAUCGAUAGAUGAUGACAUAGUUAUGCUUACUGCGGAUGAGCUAGAAUUUGGAUUCGAAGUCUGGAGAGAAUUUCCUGAUCGCAUAGUGGGCUUUCCUUCACGUACACAUAUUUGGGACAAUUCUAGCAUCUGUUGGAAGUACGAAAGCGAAUGGACCAAUCAUAUUUCGAUGGUGCUGACCGGAGCUGCCUUCCAUCACAAGUAUUGGAGUUAUAUGUAUACAACAUCAAUGCCUGGGGAUAUCAAAGAAUGGGUGGAUGACCACAUGAACUGCGAAGACAUAGCGAUGAAUUUCCUAGUCGCCAAUAUGAGCGGAAAACCACCGAUUAAAGUGACUUCCCGGAAAAAAUUCAAGUGUCCAGAAUGUACUAACACAGAAAUGCUGUCUGCGGAUUUGAACCAUAUGAUUGAAAGGUCACAGUGUAUAAACCGAUUUUCUUCAGUGUAUGGGACGAUGCCAUUAAAAUCUGUCGAAUUCAGAGCUGAUCCAGUACUAUACAAAGAUGUAUUUCCAAAGAAACUCAAGCGUUUCAAUGACAUAGGAAGUUUGUAGAGUGUUAUUCAUUUCGAUCAUUCUGGAAUUACCAUUAUACACUUUAGGUAACAUUAUGAUAUAGUUAUCGAUGGCGUUAUUUGUUGGAUUAACAAAAAGAAAACCCUCAAAUCAUUGUAACUAAAUGUAAAUAACCAUACAAAUUUUUUUUCAAUCUAUGUACAUAUAUGUAUUCUAAGCUUUUGCUUAUACUGUUUACGCCUUGUACAAAUUAAAUAACCAUUUAAGUCAAGUAUUACAAUAAUUGAUGGAAAAAGUAUAUAUACACAAAUGACUCUCCAAUAAAUAACAAUAAAUGACAAAAAAUGUCUCAAACAUAAUUAUCGUGGGUUUCUAGUAAAUUUGCAAAUAAGCACAAUGUUUGGUACUUAUUAAAACUUGUUUGAUAUAAAAUUCUAUACUUGGAAAGUAUAAACCAUGUCAAUACGUGCUUAUUUCACUAGGUACGUGUGUUAUUUCUCGACUAUUCUAAACAAUAUUUAAUUU